ACAGUGAAAUGUUGAUCUGUUCACGUUAAAUUGGUUAUAGAAACGGACACCUGCCCAGGUGUUACAGUGGCCACGUAACUGUUGUUAAACACCAACUGAGCAGUGAGUCUGGAUCCGAGUCUAUUAUCGCGCGAAAACCGCGGAGACGCAGGGAGCUCCGAGGAGAGGAGGUCAAAGGUCAGAGGAAAUAGAGAUUGUCCAAUCAGAGGAGCUGAUGUCAUCGGUGAAGCAGAGGUACUGUGACAUCAGCCCUGUCACGCUGCAGGUGGUGGGUGGGGCUGUGAGCUCCAGUCUUUACUGCGGGGAGGUGCAGGGUCUGUCGGGGGAGGCGGGGGGGCUGGUGGAGUCCUUCCUGGUGGAGCUUUAUCGCUGUAAACUCUGUCAAUUCACCUGCGGCCUCAAGACCUCCAUCAGCAGCCACCUGCUUCUCAGGCACCGCCCCGCUGCCCUCACCUACCUGGAGGAAGUUGACGAAGGGGCCGGGGCUGAGGGUGGAGAAGAGGUGGGUCUCCAACGGGGGGUGUCACCCUAUCGGCUGGAUCUGAACGGAGAGUCGAAGCAGAGCGACGAGGACGAGGAGUUCCUGCUCUACAAUAUGCUGGACAACAUGAGCCCGCCCACCUGUGACAUCAGCAGCGAGGGGGGGCUGCAGGUCGCACACACCUGUGAGGUCAGCACUCUGUUUGAGGAGGAAGAGGAGGAUGACUCCUCCAUCUUCCCCCUGAAGGGGAGUCCAGUGGAUCUGUCUUGUUCCAUCGACCCCCCCGCCACCCAGGAGGAGAUGGCUCAGUCCGCUCACCUCAUGACUCUGGGACUGUGUCGCAUUUCAGCAGCCAGACCUCCUCCUCCUCCUGCUCUUCCUCCCCACUCCUCCUCCUGCCCUGCCCAACACCCCCCUCCCCCUGAAGACUCCCCCCACCUGCCCCAGGCCACCAGCCUGAAGCAGAGUGGGACGGAUUGCCGACAGACGAGGACGCCACCCUCCGGCAGACGGAGGCUGCCAUGUUUCCUGUGUCCCGUGACGCUGCCAUCCUGCCGUCUGCUGGACGUCCACGUCCGGUCCCACCGAGCGGGCGGCGGCUUCAGCUGCAUCCGCUGCAGCUGGACGGCCGACAGCUGGGAGGAGCUGGAGCCUCACUGGAAGAGCCACUGCAAGAGGAGGAGGAGGAGGAGGAGGAGGGAAGAAGAGGAGAAGAAGAAGAAGGCGGUGGUGUCACGAAACGUUCACCAGCAAACACAUCAACAUGGCAGCUGCUCUGACACAUGGAGGGGCCUGCCGAUUGCACCAGCAGGAGGGAAGGAGGCGGAGCAUACAGACAGUCAGACCAGUAGACCUCAGACUGGUUCACUGCAGAGCGUCACAGGAAAGAAGAAGAAGAAGGAGAAGAAGUACACCAGAAGAAAGAAAGAAGAAGAAGAAGCGGAGAAGGAGGCUGAGCAGAAGUCUUCAGAGAUCAGAGCUCAGACCGGGUUCUGUUGCUCGCUGUGUCACAGGAAGUUCUCUUCUAAGCUGACUCUGAGGCGUCACCUGGGCGUCCACGGAGGAGACAAACCAUUCACCUGUCCUCACUGUUCCUACAGCAGUAGACUGAAGGCCUCCCUGCUGCAACACCUGAGGACUCAUACAGGUGAGAAGCCGUACAGGUGUGCUGAGUGUCCGUACGCCUCCAUAGAUCGCAGCUCUCUGCUCAGACACUGCAGAACUCACAGUCAGGAGAAACCAUACAGGUGUCAACACUGUGACUACAGCAGUAUCCAGAAGAAGAGUUUGGACCUCCAUGCUCGCCGUCACCAUACAGGUGAGGCGUUUCCGUGCCGACACUGUGAGUACUCGAGUCCGGACCGUCAGCUGCUCCUCAGACACGUCCGCCGACACCAUGUCCCUUCCCAGCAUGCUGUUCUGUGACCUCACAGCUGAUGAGACACUCUGAUUGGACUGUUAGUUUGUGGGCGGGGACUACAGAGCUUACAUUGAAUCAGUGAUGAUGCCACCAGCCGCGCUGCUGAUGUCAUUGACAGAAGUUUUUUUAAGGAAAAUAAAACCUAAAAUCUGAAUCUCUGUGUUUCUUUUUAUGUCGUAGUGAAAAUGUCUAGUUCUGUCUCUGGUUCUGUCUCUGAUUCUGUUUCUGUCUCUGGUUCUGUCUCUGGUUCUGUCUCUGAUUCUGUUUCUGUCUCUGGUUCUGUCUCGGGUUCUGUCUCUCAUUCUGUUUCUGUCUUUAGUUCUGUCUCUGUCUCUGAUUCUGUCUCUAGUUCCGUAUCUGUCUCUGGUGGUGUCUUACUGACAGUCCGUGAUCAGGAAGUGGAUUAUUCAGAAUAAACCAGAAGCAGCGCCCCCCCCCCCCCCCCCCAAAUCCUGUACAAGCUGAUUACCCUCACUGACCUGACGGGGUGGGGUCUGUGUGAGGGUCGUUAGGUUGACCAAUCGGACCGUUUCAGUCCUGUUGAUCAUUUAAAGCAGCCUCCGACAAUCUCUUAAUUAACUAUUAAUUAACCCUUAAUUUCCCAACACACAAACAUCUGAAUCAGAAUCAGUCAGAGAUCCUUCUUUUGUCCUUUACUUUGAAAAUCUGAAGCCCUCAAAAAUUCCUUAAUUUGAGAUGUUAGUAGAUGUUAACGGCUUCAUGAGUUUCCCCUUAAUUUUCCAGAUGAAUGUGAAUGAUGAGUUUAUUGUUUUUGAGAUGAAGGAUUCUGUUUAGUUAAUGAGCUUUAAUUGACUUCAGAGAUUCAACAGCUUCACCAGGUUUGGAUAUUAAGGGAUUUUUAACGGGUGAGAACACCUUUAAAUGUUCAUAUACCUCUUUAUACCUUAAAAGGACCUUAUUUUUCAGAUAAAGUUUUGGGUUGAUUAUUAAAUAAAGUCAUGGAUUAUAAUUUAC